AUGUCGGCCAGCCCUGCAUCCUCCGCUGGAGGCGAUACCAAGUCCAACACCGAUCAGAUUCACUUCAAAUUCUGCCGUGAAUGUUCCAACCUGCUAUACCCCAAAGAAGACCGCGUGCAGAACCGACUAAUGUUUACCUGUCGCACCUGCCAUGUUUCGGAGCCCGCCACAUCGGCCUGUGUAUACCAAAAUAAGCUCACCUCUCAAGUCGGAGAGACUGCAGGAGUGACCCAGGAUGUGGGAUCUGAUCCUACGGUUGGUGACCCUGAAUUCUGCCUGCACUGUGGCGAAGAGUUAGCCUGUGUCAAGUGUGGCAUCCUCUCAUCUGGCGUCUACGCAGAAGAGGAAGAUUCAACUUACGAAUCGGGAGACGCAAACUAUUUUUCAAUGCCCUGA